GGAGUCUGUCUUCAUCUUUGCCGCCUCCGUUGCCUUCCCUGGAUUUGAGUCGCGCGCUUUCUUACUUCCCUCGCUGCCGGGUGUGCGCCCCUCUCGCGCUCCUGGGCAGCGAGGCUGGGAAGGGGUUUCCAGGGGGCUGUUGUUCACCGCCUUUAAAUUGUGCUUGGGGCGGCCAUGUCGGCCGGCGAGGUCGAGCGCCUAGUGUCGGAGCUGAGCGGCGGGACCGGAGGGGAUGAGGAGGAAGAGUGGCUCUACGGCGGCCCAUGGGACGUGCAUGUGCACACUGAUUUGGCAAAGGACCUAGAUGAAAAUGAAGUUGAAAGACCAGAAGAAGAAAAUGCCAGUGCUAACCCUCCAUCUGGAGUUGAAGAUGAAGCUGCUGAAAACGGCGUGCCCAAACCGGUUGAGGCCAUGAAGACAGAUGUAUCAACCGGUCCCUUUCCACCAACGAACCGGGGAAAGAGUUACGGUACAGCACCUGUGAACCUUAACAUCAAGACUGGAGGAAGAGUUUAUGGAACUACAGGAACGAAAGUCAAAGGAGUAGACCUUGAUGCACCUGGAAGUAUUAAUGGAGUUCCCCUUUUGGAGGUAGAUUUGGAUUCUUUUGAAGACAAACCAUGGCGUAAACCAGGUGCUGAUCUCUCUGAUUAUUUUAAUUACGGAUUUAAUGAAGAUACUUGGAAAGCUUACUGUGAAAAGCAAAAGAGGAUACGAAUGGGCCUUGAAGUUAUACCAGUUACCUCUACCACAAAUAAAAUUACGGCCGAAGACUGUACUAUGGAAGUUACACCAGGUGCAGAGAUCCAAGAUGGCAGAUUCAAUCUUUUUAAGGUACAGCAGGGAAGAACUGGAAAUUCUGAGAAAGAACCAGCACUACCAUCUUCAAAAGCUGAGUUUACUUCUCCUCCUUCUUUGUUCAAGACUGGACUCCCACCCAGCAGAAACAGCACCUCCUCUCAGUCUCAGACAAGUACUGCCUCCAGAAAAGGCAAUUCGAGCGUUGCGAAGUGGCAGGAUCGUUAUGGGAGGGCGGAAUCUCCUGAUCUAAGGAGAUUACCCGGGGCAAUUGAUGUGAUUGGUCAGACUAUAACUAUCAGCAGAGUAGAAGGAAGACGACGAGCAAAUGAAAACAGCAACAUACAGGUUCUUUCUGAAAGAUCUGCUACUGAAGUAGACAACAAUUUCAGCAAACCACGUAUUCCAAUAACUGUACCACCUCCAGGUUUUCCUCCUCCACCAGGUGCUCCACCUCCAUCUCUUAUACCAACAAUAGAAAGUGGACAUUCCUCUGGUUAUGAUAGUCGUUCUGCGCGUGCGUUUCCAUAUGGCAAUGACCGAGACCGGGACCGAGAACGAGAGCGCACCAGGGAGCGGGAGCGGGAGCGAGACCACAGCCCUACACCCAGCGUUUUUAACAGCGAUGAAGAGCGGUACCGAUACCGGGAAUACGCAGAACGAGGGUACGAGCGCCACCGAGCCAGCCGCGAGAAAGAAGAGCGACACCGAGAGCGGCGGCACCGCGAGAAGGAGGAGACCAGGCACAAGUCUUCGCGCAGUAAUAGUAGACGCCGCCAUGAGAGUGAAGAAGGAGACAGUCACAGGAGACAUAAGCACAAAAAAUCAAAACGAAGCAAAGAAGGAAAGGAAGCGGGUAGCGAGCCUGCCCCAGAGCAGGAGAGCAGCGAAGCCGCCCCCGCGGAGUAGAUGCGCCCCAGGCCUUCUGUGUCCAUUAGUGCCGCAAGUAGAGUCUGUAAAUCCUGGUAUUUUUCUGGAUAAUGUUAAAGAAA